AUGCCAUUCAAUGUGCAAAUAUGGCUUCUAUUGAAACUUUUAAUUUUACUCAAAUUUUCAUCACUCUGGCUGAUACAAGCCCAAACUCCAAUCGACGCGAGCUAUCAAAUCGUUUUGCGAGGAGCCGAUUUUCAGUUAAAAGCCACACUCAAUUUUACGAAAACGAAUUUUACGCUCGAUGUCGAUCGAGAUCCCACCAAUAAGCACGAUUACCCGUUUUAUCUAAACGAGACCACUUGUCCUCCAAAAUGUGAGGGUCAACUCAUCGGGAAUAGCAGUAUCCAAGUGCAACAUCCCUACUUUGACAUUGUGCAAUUGAGUGGAUUCACUAAUGAGAAGUAUCAUUUCUCGAUACAGGGCUGUUACCAAGAGAUUGGCUUAGACGACGCUGUUUGCUAUACCCGACAUUUUGGUGGUCUCCAUCCACCAAUGACUGUCUGCAUUUGUGGACUACUGAGAGAUGAUUGUGACGGUGCAAUGAAUCCAAAAAAGUCAAGAGCUGAAUGUCCCGAGAUGCCGUAUAGUAAAGAAGAAGUACCCGGUGAUGAUAGUGGCAUUCACACAUACACGAUUUGCCUUGAUCAACCGACGCCACGAGUGCAUGUCUUCAAUGAAAUGAUUCUCGCCGUCGAUGAAAACGUUUGGAGCUAUGGAUUGUUGAAUUUGCGCAAUGAAAGCACGACCGAACUGAGAACAAACGACGGGGGAACUUGUACUGAUUACUGUGAGCAAAAUGAAGGACAACAAGAUACAAUGAGCAUUUUAUUGGGGAAACAGAAUGUUCUUGAUCUUAUCUUUGAUUCAAAAAUACAAGAUUGGAAGUUCACGAUUUUCAACGAUCCGGCAAUAACCGUGAUUACCUCAAAAUGUGUCACAUUGCCAUUGUGUGAUCGGGGAAUGGUGGUCGAAGUUUGCUCGCUUGAUAAGAGUAGUGGGACUUGUGAAUACGACUCGGGUAUGUGCUUCGCACAAAACUCAACCAUUAUCCCAUCCACUCAAGCUACAUCUACAUCGACAUCGUCCACUACAAUCACCAAAACACCUACGAUACCUACAACAACUUUACGUACAACUGCUUCAACGACAACAAUCCCGCUCACUGUUUGCAUGGAUUGUGGCCUGUCGUUGAAGAAUUUAUCGGAUAUUCCAAUGACUCCCGAGACAGCGGAACCGAUUCUGAAACUUGCGCUGAAUUAUACAGAGAACGGUGAGGAAUUGGUGGCAGCUGAUCUGCAUUCUUUGGCGACGAUUUUCGAGAAUUGUGCUAAGAUGAAAGGGUCUAAUCCAAAGCUUCUCCACUUGAUCUUUACCAAUAUCAAUGGAAUGCUCGAUGCCCGGGAACAAGAGUAUUUAGAGAACUUGGAGACUAUGGGAAAAGAGGAACAAGCAGCGGCUAGGGUUCUAAACUCAAUGCACAAACUCGUGACCCAUGUACAGGGUGACAUUGAGUAUAAUGCUGGGACAAAUGUGGGGCUGGCGAGUAAAUAUUUGGUUGACAAGGAAUGCAAUUCGAUUGGGAUUACGACUUUGGAUCGCCGAUUCAAAAGUGGUGGCGAUGUGGAGAAUCUGAAAGGGGAAUCGUCAAUCAUUCUGCCAGCAAGUUUCGUGUGUGGUAGUGAAGGAACCCACGCUGUUGUCACGAUUUUCAAAAACCGAAAACUUUUCGUUGGGCAAGGAUACAAUACGAUUAAACAACGAUUGGAUGAUCCAUUGCCUGAUGAAGAUGAUGAUGAGGAUGACGACGAUGAUGGAAAUAAAACCGGGACAAGUCUACCCUUUUCACAACCACCACCACCCAAACCGUGUGUGAGACAAGGCUUUCUGCAGGAUCGAGGCAAUGUUUUCACAGCUACAAUGAUGAACGCGAAUAAUCCCGACAACGUGACUUUCAUUACAAGAGCUUCAUCAACGGCUUCUUCAAAAGUGACUGCAAAAAUCGUUAUCGAUACUUCACAAUUCACACGAGCUUUACAUGGAAAAUAUAAAGUUUCUUGGUGGGAUACGAGAAAUUUGAGAUGGGCUGAUGAUGGAUGUAGAGUGGUUGAGGGAAAAAAGGGAAUGCUCACCGCUGAAUGCGAGCAUUUGACCGAUUUUACGCUGUUGAUCGACGGUCGCUUAAACGAUCCAGCUGUUUGUGAUAUAUUCUUAAUCAUUUUCGGCAACAUCAUCAACAUUUCCUCAAUUCUUUGUCUCUUUGUCAUGCUCAUUGUAACUGGAUUGGGAUAUUCUCAUCGAUUAAAGAGGCAUUCUUAUAUAAAAAAGAUUGUCGGUUCAAGGCCACAACGACGAAAUCUCCUUCAAUUGCUUUAUAUGUGCACUUUGUUUUUAUUUUAUCUUAUUUUCACUGUAUUUUCAAAUAAGAAAAUAGCUGGAAGAGUGUGUGAGGAAAUGGCUGCGACAAGUUAUAUGUUAUUUCUCAGCUGCAUAAUGCUAACGAUUUUUCAAUCUCUGAAAACUGUUGAACUAUUCUAUUCUCGUCGAGAGAUUCCAAAAGUGAUUCUAAAGAAUUUUAAUCGUUUAUGGGUUGUCAUCACAAUCAGUUUUGGCUUUCCAAUCGUUCUAUCAUUGUUUCUCUACUUUUUCUCUUAUUUCUUCCAACGUCAGGAUGAUUAUUGUUGGGUGAGACAUGAUAUUAUUGAAUACGCGAUUGUCAUUCCGCUAUCGUUUCUAUUAGCGAAUGCUGUUUUGUGUACAGCUUUAGUGGCAAGGAAGUUAUUUUAUCGAGGAACGUCAAGCUCGAGGAUCAUGCUAACACGAGCACAUAUCAGACAACGUGUCUACACACUGAUUCUCAUGCAAUUAACCCUUGGAAUGCCUUGGAUCCUCCAAUACCUCACUUUAUUCUCCCCAACCGUCUCUGCUUAUCAUUAUUUGUUUACUUUUGCGAAUGGAAGUCAAGGAGUUAUGUUGUUUAUUUUAUGGAUAUUUAGAAGAUAUCGACAAAAUGUUACGGCUCGUCGCCAUAAAAACGACACAACAAACACGAAAACGAAUGGAACAGGAGAAACGAAUUUUGAAAGUGAA